ACUUCUUGUUAUAAUUGUGGAGGCAGCGAGCAAUUAAUUGCCUCAAGUGGUGUGAGUGACACGAUGACUUUUGUGUGUGAAUGUCAUUAGUAUUAAGCUGUUGUUUUGGUAAACAAGAAACAUCAGUCAACAAAAAAGCAAAGCAUGCAGCACGUUUGUGGAACAAACGAUGGGGGUUUUACACUCAGAUGCGAGAAAUACAAGAAGAAGAAGCUCAAAAAAUAGGCAUGGGUGUUGAAGAGUACCGCGCGGCGCUGCGCACGGUCAGCUGUAAGCCUGUGGAGCAGCACUCGGUGCACGUCGAACCAAGUCCUACGCCACUGCCCCUCACAUCCUCAGGUAUGAUUGGCCGCCGGGCGCUAUGUCCAUUAGAUCGGUACGGACCUCUAGUAAACAUUGGACGCAAUUACCCGACGAGACCGCCACUGCCGCCGGGACAGAUCUACGAUCCAUAUAAACAAACUAUGAUUUUCUUAGGAGGAGGAAUUGGCGAUCCGAUAUCUUACAAGUUGCCAACGGCGCGCUCUGACGUCACCGACGAGAUGUGGACACGACCACAACAACUUACCGUCACGCAGUUUGAUUUCUUAUGAUAAACUAGUAACAGGACAGUAAAUAAUUUUAUUUUAAAGUUUACAUUCCCUAAUUUUUUUCAGAUGACCAUUGCAUGUUCAGAAUUUAAAUGACCAUGGCAACUUUGAUACUUUGCUGGUAAUUGCUUGUAGUUUUUGUCUCUAUCUUGCAGGACAAUUUUUUC